AUGGAGAAGCAGGUAGAUGUGGCAGUUGUCGGCGGAGGUAUAUCAGGCCUAACAGCAGCUUAUUACCUCCACAAAAAGGAUCCAUCGUUAAAAAUAUGUGUUCUAGAGGCGAAAGAUCGUGUAGGCGGACGGACCCUGACACUUUCCCUCCAGAGUAGAGAUGGUACCGACUACUGGGACCUAGGCGGACAAUGGGUUUCUAGAUCACAGACAGACAUCAUGGACUUAAUUAAAGAACUUGGAUUGGAAACUUACAAACAGUUCACUGUCGGGUCAAAGAUUAUGCAGAUUGAGAGUGAAAUAGUCAAAAGUUACAAGUCUGAUAUUCCGUCGCUUUCAUUGUUCGCUCUUGUUGAUCUUCAGUGCUUUAUCAUGAAGGUAGAACGGCUCCACAAGCAAAUUGACACCAGGGACCCGUAUAACUGCAGCAGAGGCGAGGAGUGGGAUACCAAAAGUCUGGAGACCUUCCUUAAGGAAUCGUUAUGGACACACGGUGCAUACGAGACAAUAGCGGCAGCCAUUCGCACUACCGUUACCAUGGAACCAGCUCAGAUAUCUACGCUCUACUUCUUGACACUAGUGGCAUCAGCUGGUGACCUUAUGACCCUUUUUGAAGCAAAAGAAGAUGCCGCCCAAGGUUUAAAGGUCAAGGGUGGAACGCAGCAAAUCUCGAAACUUUUAGCGGAGAAAGUCGGGACAGACAAUGUUCUGUUAAAUCAUGCUGUUGAGAAGGUGACACAGAAUGAAGAAAGCGUUCUAUUGGAAUGUAAAAACGGCUUGACAGUGAGUUGUCAGCGAGCAGUGAUUGCCACGCCCCCUAUGGUUACUCGGAAGAUAGACUUUGUGCCACUCCUGUCAUUACAACGACGUGAGAUAGAAAAAUGGAUGCCUUUUGGGAACUACAUUAAAGUAAUAUCGACAUACAGAGAGGCGUUCUGGAAGUCUAACGGUCAAUCUGGGGAAGCAGUGACGUAUGGCGGACCCAGUGACGCAAGCGGAUGUGACGUAGGCCCACUUUCCAUAGUUUUCGAUGCCACAACUCCAACAGGAAAUCCUGCACUAGUGUCUUUCUUAUCGGGAGAUCAAGCCAUACAGUGGGGCAGACAGGAUGCCAAAACCAGAAAAGCGGCUGUAUUGAAGUCUUUAGGAGAUUUUUUCGGACCGGAAGCAAAAAAUUGUCUGGAUUACAUUGAGAAGGACUGGAGUGAGGAGUCGUACAUUGAGGGUGCUGUUGCAGCCGUUAGUACUGGAGCUAUGCGGAACUUCGCUUCCGGUCUUCGGGAACCGCAGGGAAGGUUACACUUUGCCGGAGCUGAGAGUGCCUACCAAUGGCAGGGAUACAUGUCCGGCGGGGUGCAGGCGGGAAUUCGAGCUGCUACUGAAGUCUUAUAUAAACUCCGACCAAAUACCAUCUCAAGUACGGAACUGUCUGGUACCGCUUAUGAUCCUAACUACAGGACACCUCACCACCUCAGACAAAACGUGAAACAAUCUACCAUGACUCGGGCUUUGAUCCUAGCAGUUUUAGUGGGUUUGGUGGCGCUGCUGUACCGGAAGUUCGUUGGUGGAGAUUAG